AUGGAUAGUAGUUGGAAUGCACGUCCAUAUAUAACUGGUACGAAUUUAACAACAUUUCCGGUUAAACACAUAGUUAUAAGACAAUUACGGGAUUUUAAUUCAAGUAUACAUCAAUCCAAUUACAUUAAAACAACAACAGAUCUUCAAGAUGGUCAAAUGGAUGAAAGACGUUGGGCUGAUAUUGGUUAUAGUUUUUUCAUAUGUGGUGAUAAUAAUGAUGCCCAACAAGUUUAUAGAGGUAGAGGAUGGAAAUAUGUUGGUGCACAUUGUCUUGGUUACAAUUUUAAAUCAUUAGGUAUUGGUAUUAUUCGUAAUUAUACUAAUAUAAAAUGUUUGAAUGCAUUUAAAUCAUUAAUUCAAUGUGGCAUUACACAAAAUGACAUUGUAAAAAAUUUUACACUGGUUGGAGAUUUAGAAUCAAUAGAUAUUUACGAAUAUUAUUUGAAAUAUUUUAAAAAUAAUACCGAUCUUUAA